CGCUCCCUUCGUUCACGAUGGCGGAUCUGUCGGAUGCCGAGAAGAAGUUUCUGGGUACACUCAGACCAAGAGAUGCAGGGAUGUGUACACACCACCCCCUGCGUGUGUGCUCCUGAUGCAUGCAGCCUUUGACUUCAGCAAGAGCUCAGAAUGGCAGUCCUAUCUGGGUUCACUCUACCCGACGCCGCCGCAUGACAAGAUCCUCAAGUGGAAGAAAAAGUGGUACCAGAAAAAUGUGGUAAGUGCGUCGUACGCAAGAUGACACGCACAAGAGAAGCCAGGCACAAGCAGGUGGGCAGGCAGCAGCUGAUCUGGCUGUUGCCGUGCCAUGCAGGACAAGGAUUUCCCCCUGGACUCGUCGGCCGGCGAGCCAGCACGCGACAAGCCGUCAUCGGCAGGGCCCAGUGGUGCAUCAUACACACAAUCAUCGCCCAACAGGAGCACUGCAGGCACGCAAGACACUGGAAGAGAGGGCACGAGCACGGCAGUGAGUGAUUGAAUGGAAGUGAUUGUGUUGUGCGUAUCCUGCAGGUCGGUCGUCAUCCGGUGGCGUCCACCGGCCGAUGAGCAAUGCCGAGAGCAUAUCGGUGACGGCACAGCUGGUGGCCAUCGUGUGUGCCAUCAUCUACCUCAUACCCAUGCUAGGCGUCGCCAGAGUAGGACCACCAAGGCAGGAGCAUACGACUCACCAUCGCUGCGUAUAUCACCAUGUGUUCGUUGCGCCGUGUCGUGUCAGCGGGCUUACACCUUCUCGCUCGGCGCCUUUGGGAUUGGCUUUUUUGCAGACGUCGUCAGCAAAUGCGGGGUGAGCACCACACAAACACAGCCACACCAAUCCCUGCAUUCCUUAUGUGUGGUGCUGUGUGCCAUCCUGCCCGUCAGAUGCCCAAGUUCAGCACGGAGUACCUGCAGCGUGCGGUGCAGGAGGACGUCUUCUUCAUGAUCAUCUACUGCAUGUUCUUCCUCACCUCACCGCCCUUCGUGGUGCUGCUCGUGCCCCCCGCCAUGACCGCCUUCAUGGCCAUCGUCGAAUUCUCCGAAGUCCGCGCCGGACCCAUGAAGCAGAUUGUCGUCCAGAAGAUGCCUUCCAUGGCCGCAUCGUUCGAGUCAGCACACACACAGCUGUUACAGCACAUGUGCUACACAUACACACGUGUUGCUCCAAUGGUGUGAUGUCACGUUGCUGUGCAGUCAGGUGACGACUUUUGCUCGUAACAUGGGUCGCCAGGUGAGCAGAGAGGAACACACAGGACACGGUUGGUCUAUCCACUCAUCUCAUCCGUGUGUGUGACAUGGUUGCCAUUGUCAGCGUUACCAGAUCAUGGGUUGGCGGGCGGACUGUGAGGUCGGCAUCGGAUUCCUGCUCAUUCUUCUCGCGUUCGGGUCGGUCAGCACACGGCCGCCGAGUGUCCUGUUCGCUCCUGCGCAUUUCAUUCGUGUGUGUGUGUGCAGGAGGAGGAUGAGUCCCCUGACAGUGUUCAUAUACUGGUCCACCAUGAGACUCAGGUCAGACGCACUUGCAACCCAGACUCACACACUGCUCCGCGGCAGUCACACAUUUUCAUCUGUCUGCUGUCUGUCUGUCUGUCGUGUGUUGUCUUGAUUGGAUGUAUGGAUGUGUGUAGGUACAUGAUGAGUGCCUUCACGCAGGCCUCGUUCCGCAAGCUGGACACGUCCAUCACGAGACUCCUCGCCGCACCCAUGGUCCCAUCCGCCGUCAUGACCAUCUACCAAAAGGUAGGCACUCACACACAUCUUCGUGACCAUCCAGAACAUACCUGACCGGCGUGCCGUGUGUGUCGUGCGCAUGCAGAUUCGGAGUUAUUGUUAUUCCUUUGUUGACGAGGACCAGUUGCGUCAGCAGCAGGCGGGCGGGGGAGGGGCGGGACGGAUGUGCACCAUCAUGUAACGUGACUGAUGGGGGGUGAGUGGGGGAUUGAUUCCUAAUCGACCACUCGGUGUAUUUAUCUACUGGGUGAUUUGCGAAUGAAUGAGUGUCUGCGGCACACUUUUUUGGGUGGCACUGAUUUGAAUGUAUACCUCAACACCACCAUGAGCUAGGGAUGCAUCCACACGCACACAACACAGCAGACACACACAGACACACACACAGACACACAGACACACAUGAGGGACAGCCGGGACACCUUCAGUUCUUGAAAGAUGGAAACGAG